GAUGGUGAAAAGUCCUGCCAUGAGUGUCACCUUUCUUUAAAAAAAAACGUCGAUCAAACUGGCAAAAUCCGUAGGAGACCCACUUGUCAGCUAACCACCCCUUGCAGUCAUCCGCACCAGGGCACCACCACCACUCCAGAUGUUCUAGAACUAUCAGGCGGCUUCCUCCCCCUAACCGCAACAGUUAAAACGCCGUAGCAACUAGCAACGCUACCACAGUGCGCGCUUGAAGAUAGUGUCAUUUGCAGUUCCCGGUAGCAGCCAUGGCGUCGGUGCAGCUGUCUGGGCCGCGGGUGGUGGCGGCUGCGAAACCGGCUGCGUUGGGCGGGCUCCUCCUGACGCCGUCCCUUGCGGUGCCAAAGGGGCGGAGGGCCAGGGGCCUCGUGGUGAGGGCCGCCACGGUCGUGUCACCUAAGUAUACGUCCAUAAAACCAUUGGGAGACAGAGUACUUGUGAAGAUCAAAACCUCUGAGGCUAAAUCUGAUGGAGGUAUUUUACUUCCAGUAUCAGUUCAGACAAGACCACAAGGAGGGGAGAUUGUUGCGGUUGGAGAAGGGAGAAGUUUUGGAAGUAACCGCAUUGAGAUCAGUGUUCCGGUUGGUGCACAAGUUGUCUACUCGAAAUAUGCAGGCACAGAAUUGAAAUUCAAUGACGCCGACCAUCUCAUUUUGAAAGAAGAUGACAUAAUUGGUAUUCUUGACAGUGAUGAUGUGAAGGAUAUGAAACCACUGAAUGAUCGCAUUCUGAUUAAGGUUGCUGAAGCUGAAGAACGAACUGCUGGUGGUUUGCUAUUGACGCAGGCAACUAAGGAGAAACCUUCUGUUGGAUCAGUGGUAGCCGUUGGCCCAGGGCCGUUGGGCGAGGACGGCAGCAGGAAUCCCCUGUCGAUCACUCCUGGAAGCAACGUGAUGUAUUCCAAGUAUGCGGGGAGUGAGUUCAAGGGCGAGGACGGUGAGUACAUCGUGCUCAGGGCGUCUGACGUGAUGGCUGUUCUUUCCUGAUCCCCAAACCAUACAGCGCCAGGUGCGCGAUAGGAAGUUUUGAUGUUGAGGCCGAACCUUAUCUUUUAUUUGCUCUUGUUUGGAAUUGGUGGAGGCUUUUGAACUGUAAUCUGGUGCGAAUUAUAAGGAAAAUAAGCCGAGUUGUGUAGACUUGAGACAGGACUGUGCUGUGCUGUUUGGCUGGUAGGUGAGCUAACCAGUGUUCAGCUGGUGGGUGAGCUGACCAGCACGUCGGGUUCGGCUGUUCUUCCUGAUGUCAGCGUUGUACGCCAAGGUUGGCCAACGGCAUCAAUAUUACUAAUAGCAUCUAGGCUACCGUUUGAGUUUUUCAUGGAUUAAUGACAACACAAGAUGUGACUAUUAUAUA